UCUUAGCAACAGGCCGGCUGCCAGGUUGCCAAGGACGCGAGAGCCUCGGACUUCCGGCAGUGAGCCGGGCGGCGAGUUGGGCAGCCAGAGCCAGCCGGGCAUCACCUAGGCCGGGCUGCAGCGAUGAGCAGCGAUGACUCCUCCCUCAUGGCUUCGAUCAUUUACUACAGCCAGGAAAAGUACUUCCACCACGUGCAGCAGGCUGCGAGUGUGGGCUUAGAGAGGUACAGCAAUGACCCUGUGCUGCAGUUCUUCAAAGCUUAUGGAGCCCUUGGGGAAGACCAUAUCCAUGAUGCCAUCAGUGAGCUGGAGAGCAUCCAAAGCCACCCAGAUAUGGCCCUAUGCUCUGUCAUCGCUCUGCUUUAUGCUCACAAAUGCUGUGACAUCAUUGAUGAAGAAGCAGUUCAAGAGUUGGAGAGUAGCUUGAAGGAGAUCCGCAAGACGGCCAGUGAUACUGCCCUGUACUAUGCCGGCCUCUUCCUCUGGCUCGUAGACCGCCAUGACAAGGCCAGAGAAUACGUUGACCACAUGCUGAAGGUCUGCAGUGGCUCCAAAGAGGGCUACGUGCUCAGAGGCUGGGUGGACCUCACUUCCAAUAAGCCCCAUGUUGUGAAGAAAUCCAUCAAGUACCUGGAACAAGGGACUCAGGACACCAAAGAUGUGCUGGGGCUGAUGGGCAAGGCAACAUACUUCAUGACCCAGCAGAACUUCUCCAGGGCCCUGGAGGUGGUGAACCAGGUCACUACGGCCUCAGGGAACUUCCUGCCCGCCUUAGUUCUGAAGAUGAGACUGUUCCUGGCCCGGCAAGAUUGGGACCAGACCAUAGAGACCGCACUCAGAAUCCUUGAAAAAGAUGAAAGCAAUAUUGAUGCCUGGCAAAUUCUAACUGUGCAUGAACUCGUGAGGGAAGGAAUCACGGCCACGGCUACAGAUCGUGUUAGAAGUCUAAUCAAGGCGCUAGAGACUCGAGAACCCCAGAAUCCCAGCCUCCACCUUAAGAAGAUUCUUGUGGUCAGUAGACUGUGUGGGAAGCACCAGGAGGUCCAGCGGCUUGUGAGCGGCUUCCUGGAGCGUAUCUUCAUGGCCACACCCUCCUGUGCCCUUGUGGCCACAGAGCUGGGCUACCUCUUCAUCCUACAGCAGCAAGUGAAGGAAGCAUGUCUGUGGUACAAGGAGGCCAUGAAGCUGGAGGAGAACAGGCUGGAUGCCUUGGCAGGGAGCAUCUGGUGCCAGAUCUUACAGGGCCAGCUGGAGGAGGCUGCAAACCAGCUGGAGUUCCUCAAGGAGGUGCAGCAGUCCCUUGGGAAGUCUGAGGUGCUGGUUUUCCUGCAAGCCCUUGUGGCGUCGAAGAAGCAAAAGCUGGAGCAAGAGGCCACAGCGCUGCUGAAGGAGGCAGUGGAGCUGCAUUUCUCCAGCAUGCAGGGCCUGGCCCUGAGCCCCGAGUACUUUGAAAAGCUGGACCCCCUCUUUCUGGUCUGCAUUGCCAAGGAGUAUCUGCAUUUCUGCCCCAAGCAGCCUCGGUCACCUGGCCAGCUCGUGUCUCCACUUCUUAAACAAGUCGCUAUGAUCUUGAGUCCUGUGGUGAAGGUAGCCCCGGCCAUGAUGGAGCCCUUGUAUGUGAUGGCUCAGGUCAAGUUUCUCUCAGGAGAGUUGGAGAAUGCCCAGAGCACCCUGCAACGCUGCCUGGAGCUGGAUCCCACCUUAGUGGAUGCCCACCUCCUCCUGUCCCAGAUCUACCUGGCUCAGGGCAACUUUGCCAUGUGUUCCCAUUGUUUAGAGCUGGGUGUCAGCCACAACUUCCAGGUCCGAGACCACCCCCUCUACCACUUCAUCAAAGCCAGGGCCCUCAACAAGACUGGUGACUAUGCUGAGGCCAUAAAGACCUUGAAAAUCAUCAUCAAGUUGCCCACCACAAAGGCAGAAGAGAACAAGAAGCUCCGAGGCCCCUCCGUUCAGCCCAGCGAGCGGGCAUCCAUCCUGCUGGAGCUAGUAGAGGCCCUCCGACUGAACGGGGAGCUGCAUGAGGCCACCAAGAUCAUGCAGGAUGCCAUCAACGAGUUCAGCGGCACGCCAGAGGAGAUGCGGAUCACAGUUGCCAAUGUGGACUUGGCUCUGAGCAAAGGCAACGUGGACUUGGCACUGAGCAUGCUAAGAGGCAUCACACCCAAGCAGCCCUGCUACACAGAAGCCAAGGAGAAGAUGGCCAGCAUCUACCUGAACACUCGCAAGGAUGUGCGCCUCUACAUCGGAUGCUACAUGGAGCUCUGUGAACAUCUGCCCGGUCCCCACAGCAGCCUGCUACUGGGUGAUGCUUUCAUGAACAUUCAGGAGCCUGAGAAGGCCCUGGAGGUGUACGAUGAAACCUAUAGAAAGAACCCUCAUGAUGCCUCCUUGGUCAGCAGGAUGGGACAAGCCUACAUGAAGACCCACCAGUACACCAAGGCCAUUAAUUACUAUGAGGCUGCCCAGAAGAUCAGCGGGCAGGACUUCCUGUGCUGCGAACUGGCCGAACUGCUCCUGAAGCUGAAGAAAUACCACAAGGCAGAGAAGGUGCUGAAGCAGGCCUUGGAACGAGAUUCGGGGGUCAAGGAUAUUCCAUCCAUGAUGAAUGAGGUUAAGUGCUUGCUUUUGCUGGCAAAGGUUUACAAGAGCCAUAAAAAAGAGGAUGUGGUUGAAACGCUGAACCAGGCCUUGGACAUCCAGUCCCGGAUACUGAAGAGAGCCCCUCUGGAACAGCCAGAACUGAUCCCCUUCCAGAAGCAGCUGGCGGCCUCCAUCUGCAUCCAGAUUGGGGAGCACUAUCAGGCAGAGAAGGACUUCGACAGCGCUGUGAAGUCCUAUAAAGACGCCCUCUCCUACUCACCUACGGACAAUAAGGUGGCGCUGGAGCUGGCGCAACUCCACCUACUUCAGGGGCAGCUGGACUUAUGUGAACAGCGCUGUGGCCCCCUCUUACAGAUAGAGCAGACCCACGAGAGAGCUGCCGUGAUGCUGGCUGACCUGAUGUUCAGAAAACAGAACUACGAAAAGGCCAUCAAUCUCUACCGCCAAGUGCUGGAGAAAGCUCCAGACAAUUUUUUGGUAUUGAAUAAAUUGAUUGAUCUGCUCCGACGGAGUGGCAAGCUUGAAGAGGCUCCUGCUUUCUUAGAACUGGCCAAGAAGGUGUCUAGUCGGGUGCCUUUGGAGCCAGGGUUUAACUACUGCCAAGGCAUUUACUACUGGCACAUUGGACAGCCCAAUGAAGCUCUGAGGUUUCUGAACAAAGCCCGAAAGGACAGCAUUUGGGGCCAGAUUGCCACCUGCUACAUGGUACAGAUCUGUCUGAACCCUGAUAACGAGGUUGUCGGUGGAGAGGUUUUUGAGAGCCUGGUGGCUGACAGCAACUCUGCCAGUCGGAAAGAGUCCCAGCAGCACGGGGUGCGCACUGCAGAGAAGCUCCUGCGGGAAUUUUACCCACACUCUGACUCCGGGCAGACCCAGCUGCGGCUGCUGCAGAGCCUCUGCCUGCUGGCCACCAGGGAGAAGGCGAAUGUGGAGGUGGCUCUGGGUGCCUUUAUCGAGAUGGCCCAGGCUGAGAAGGACAGUGUCCCUGCGUUGCUGGCCAUGGCACAGGCCUACAUGCUACUGAAGCAAGUCCCCAAGGCCCGUACACAGCUGAAGCGUCUGGCCAAGGUCCCGUGGACACUGGAUGAGGCCGAAGACCUGGAAAAGAGUUGGCUUCUGCUAGCAGACAUCUACUGCCAAGGCGGCAAGUUUGACCUGGCCUUGGAGCUGCUCCGCCGCUGCCUCCAGUUCAACAAGUCUUGCUGCAAGGCCUAUGAGUACAUGGGCUUCAUCAUGGAGAAGGAGCAGUCCUACAAGGACGCGGCCACCAACUAUGAGCUGGCCUGGAAGUACAGUCAUCAGGCCAGCCCUGCCAUUGGUUUCAAACUGGCUUUCAACUACCUGAAAGACAAGAAAUUUGUAGAUGCCAUCGAAGUCUGUCACAGUGUCCUGACGGAGCACCCCAACUACCCCAAGAUCAGAGAGGAAAUUCUGGAGAAAGCCCAAGGGUCCCUGAGGCUCUAGCCAUGGCUGGAAAGGGCUUGAGCCGGUAGAAGCCAUCCAUCUACAGACGCUCCAUGGGGAGAGUAGGAAGUAGUGGAUCAGUGGAGAAAGAAUUGGGAAAAUGACAUAUUCUCGCCAUUCUGUAUUGUCUGUGGCUUAUUUGGAUUCAUGUUUCAUCUGACCUGAGGGUGUCUGGAAACCUUAUGUUUUUAAGGCCUAAGAAGCAGUUUUUCCUGGGGAAGGAAGACAGCAGUUUAGCUUAUGCCAGGGCUUGCUGGGACCUUCCUCACGGACCCCACUUUUGUUCCAGACUCUUGAAGAAACAGAACAGAGAUCUCCCAGUGGAAUGAUGGCUAGGAAAAAGCACCCUAGAGCCAUUUCAAGUGUCCCCUGCCCCAGUCUUGUCCCCAGUAUCUCAGAACUAGAGAAGCGACUGCCCCUCCCCACACCCCACGAUGUCCACUGAGUCUGCCCUGGCAGUAGGCUCAGACCAGGGGAAUCACCUGCAGAAGGACCCCAAGUUAAGGCCCUGUGCAAGAGGGUCAACAGAUUUUCAAGGCCCAUUGUCCUCUCUGAGGACAUUGUGUCCCCACCCACCUCCCCCAAGCUGGACCUCACCAGGUUGAGACAAGCACAGUACCACUGAGCCCCAUCCUGUCCCUACAAUUACCACGCUUGGAAUUUUGUAAAAGAUAUUGGCCAGCUGGCUCACCUUCCAGGAUCCCAUUUAAUGCCUAAAGGGGCAGGUGCAGUGCAGGUAGCUAAUGGUCAUUGUGCCUGGUGAGAGAACUCACCAUUGCUCGGUUCCCAGUACAACUCUCCGUUUCUCAGGAUGGAAUUAAGGGCCAGUCCAGCCUCAGGGGAAGGAACUCUGAACUGGGCACCUGGAGGCCUAAGGUCGCACCAUGUUGCCCCUCCCAAGUGCUCACUCUCUCUGGGUGUCAAUGCUCCACUCUUAGAUCUGGAUAGGGGUGUGACUUAGUUGGUGGAGCACUUGCCCAGCCUGCAUGAAAUCCUGAGUUUGACCCCCCAGCACCACAUAAACCAGCAUGGUGUUCACACCUGGAACCCUAGCACUUUGGAGGUGUUGGCAGGAAAAUCAGAAGGUCAGGGUCAUCCGAACAUCAUCUGAAGUUACCUUGAACUAUGUAAGACUCCUGUCUCAAAAGAGAAAAAGAUUCUAUUUCCCAAAUCUUGAGUCAUGCUUUGCAGUAAUAGCUAGAAAGUAUUUAUGGUAAUGGGAUGGAAGUGAGGGUCUCAUGUUCCCUAGGUACACAGUACUCCUGAACUACACCUUUUACCUUAAACUGAAUGACGAUGUGCUUAUCCAUGUUUACGUAAUAGCUAACACAACACAUUUAGGAAUUCUUGGGAGCUGUUGAAAAGGAUAGAUCUCAGCUGGAGGUGCACGCCUUUAAUCCCACAAUUUGGGAGGCAGAGGCAGGUGGCGCUCUGAAUUCCAGGCCAAGCCUGGUGGACAGAAUGAGUUCUAGGACAGCCAGGGCUACACAGCCAGUUGCAGUCUCAAGACAAAAGUCUGGGGCUGCUGAGAUAGCUCAGCAGGUAAAGGUCCCCAACUCUGAUGAUCUGAGUUGAAUCCCUGGGUCCCACCCUGUGGAAGGAGAGAAUCAGCUCCCAGAAGCUGUACUCUGACCGCCACACAAGAAUUGUGGUGUGUGUAAACUCAUGUUUAUACACAAAAUAAAAAUAUGACUAAUAAAAUA